AUGGCUGAUUGCAUCAACGGCGGCAACAACAACAACUCGCAGCGGCAGCAACCAUGGUCAUCAUUUGUCGGGUUGAAGGAUGUGACGCUGUUCUUUGCUUUCUUGACCCUAACCACAUUGUUGUCCCUAGCGGUCUACAAUUCCGAAUCCAGCGUCCAACAGCUUUUCAAUUUACCAGCUUUUGCGUCUACACCGAUCCCAACACAAUCAGCUUCUUACAAAACCAAUACCAGUAUGGCGAAAGAUGUGGGAGCUUUGGAGAGAGUCUUGCUGGAAGCAGCGACAAAGGAGAAAACGGUGAUACUAACGACCUUAAACCGGGCUUGGGCUGAGCCUAACUCGACGUUCGAUUUGUUUCUGGAGGGUUUUCACGUCGGAGUAGGAACUAAGCGAUUUCUCCACCACCUUGUAGACAUGGAUAUAAUGUGGCUCCGAGAUCCAUUCCCUCACCUAUUCUCGGAAGUAGAUUUCCAGAUCGCAUGCGACCACUACAACGGAAACUCUAACAGCACAAGAAACCCUGUCAAUGGCGGUUUCAAGUUCGUUCAGGCCAACCCUCGAACGGUUAUGUUCUACAAAUACUGGUACGAGUCAAGGUGGACAUUCUGCGGUAAGAACGAGCAAGACGUGUUCAACAUCAUCAAACACGAUCGGUUUGUCACAAAAGAACUCGGCCUCACGAUGCGGUUUCUUGACACGGUUUACUUCCGAGGGUUCUGCCAACUGCACGGCGAGAUGGAAAAGAUAUGCACCAUGCAUGCUAACUGUUGUUUGGGAUUACAUAACAAGAUUAAUGAUUUGAGGCAAGUUCUUCAGGACUGGAGAGGUUACUUGUCAACAACCGACCACCAGAACAUGACGUGGCGAUCACCAGAUAGGUGCCGGGGAAGCAUGUCUAAUAUAUCAUUAAUAGUUUAG